GUCACAUGAGCGCGAGGCUUCCCCCGGCGCUGGGAGUGGGGGGCGGGAGAGGAAGAGGCUACAGACGGCAGCGGGACGGGCUUCUUCCUCGCCUCGGCUGGUUGCAGCGCUCAGCCAGGGGAAAGCCCCCGAGGGCGGCAGUAGCAGCAGCGGCAGCAGCAGCAGCGCCCGCCACCAUUGCAUCCGUCCGUUUCGCAUUUAAUUUUUCCUCACAGUUUGCAAGACCGCGCCGCCGCUGCCGGCGGGCGUUAGCACCCAUUGCACGGCGGGGGGAGGAAGGGGGAGGCUCGGGACCCCGCGGGGCUCCCCCCCACCCGCCUUCGUCUUGCUCCCGCCUCACUGCGCCCCCGGGAUGAGCAUCUCCGUCCCGGAGGGGCUGACGGAGCUGCUGCAAGGCUUCACUGUGGAGGUGCUGCGGAGCCAGCCGGGGGAUCUCCUGGAAUUCGCCCUCCAGUACUUCGGGCGCCUCAAGGCGGAGGCUCUGGCCGGUCAGGGCCGGCGGGAAGGAGCGCGAAGGAAGGAGCCGGGAGAGGAGGAAGAGGAGGAGGAAGAAGAGGACGGCCAGGAGGAGGGGAGCGGCGGUCGCCCCCAUCCCGGCCAUUUCAAUGCAGCGCCGCCUGAACCCGGGCGGGGGAGCCGCCUGCAGCUCCGCAGGGCUCCCUCCGAGAGCCGAGGGGUCAACUUCGCCGAGGAGCCCAUGCAGACCGACUCCGAGAGCGACGAGGACGGCGAGCCGGAAGAGUUCACGGCUCCAGUGAUAAAUCGGUUCACUAGACGGGCAUCAGUGUGUGCAGAAGCUUAUAAUCCUGAUGAAGAAGAAGAUGAUAUUGAAUCAAGGGUUAUUCACCCCAAAACAGAUGAUCAAAGAAACAGACUGCAAGAAGCUUGCAAAGAUAUUCUCCUGUUUAAGAACCUAGAUCCGGAACAGAUGUCUCAGGUAUUAGAUGCCAUGUUUGAAAAACUGGUUGAAGGAGGGGAGCACGUUAUUGAUCAAGGUGAUGAUGGUGACAACUUCUAUGUAAUUGAUCGAGGGACAUACGAUAUCUAUGUGAAAUGUGAUGGUGUUGGAAGAUGCGUUGGAACCUAUGACAACCGUGGGAGCUUUGGUGAACUGGCUUUAAUGUACAAUACACCCAGAGCAGCUACAAUCAUUGCUACCUCUUCUGGUGCUGUGUGGGGUUUGGACAGAGUAACAUUCCGAAGGAUCAUUGUAAAAAACAAUGCUAAAAAGAGAAAAAUGUAUGAAAAUUUUAUCGAGUCACUGCCCUUCCUUAAAUCUUUAGAAGUAUCUGAACGGUUGAAAGUGGUGGAUGUGAUAGGCACCAAAAUAUAUAAAGAAGGAGAACAAAUAAUUGCUCAGGGAGACAUGGCUGACUGUUUCUAUAUUAUUGAAUCUGGAGAAGUGAAAAUUACGAUGAAAAGAAAGGGUAAACAGGAUGGAGAUGAAAAUGAAGCAGUUGAAAUUGCCCGGUACACUAGAGGGCAGUAUUUUGGUGAACUUGCUCUUGUAACUAAUAAACCUCGGGCUGCCUCAGCAUUUGCACUCGGCACAGUCAAAUGCUUAGUUAUGGAUGUACAGGCAUUUGAAAGGCUUUUGGGACCUUGUAUGGAAAUUAUGAAGAGGAACAUUGCAAAUUAUGAAGAACAGCUAGUUGCUCUGUUUGGAACAAACAUGGAUAUUUCUGAUUCCAGUGCAUGAAGUGAAGUAUGAAACCACCAGAUCUGUUUAUGAGAAAUAGCACAGUAGUGGUUAGUCCACUGAAAAUGUUUCUAUCUUCCUGUAGAUGCUAAGCAUUUUUCUGUGAUUUUACAGGGGAUUGGGUUUAAUGUGUCUCCCCCACCCCCAUUUUUAUUUGCCUUUUUGUACACAGUAGCUCAGACAUUUCAGUAAAUGGGGUAUAGAUAUCAUGGUGUUGGCUCUGCCCUGAAGGACAGUUCAGCCAUCAGGAUUUUAGCUUUCAGGUAACAUUCCUGAAAAUGAGUUAGGAGGAAUUGACACUGUUACAGGCAGGGCUAGUAUUAUUACCAAUUAGUAACUAUCUAAAAUGCCUUGUCUUCUCUAAAUUAAUAAACAUUUCAUGUAAUCUAGUCCAUAACAACAUUCAAAACAAUCUGUGCAUACUGGCAUAUCUUUUGUUUCAAUCCCUGGGGCAGAGACUGUAGCCCUCUUUCCUGAUGUCCCUAUCUAUGUUGAGAGAAGCAUGAUCUUUGGCACAUGACAUGGACUGUUUUCAGAUGGAAUCUUUGUCUUCACCUGAACAUAUAUCUCCCCACACAUUCUUUUGAUGAUGUGCACCAUAUUUUAUUGAUUAAAGCCAUUCUUGGUUGAUAAA